CGCUGGAGGCCGAGUCCGACACUGGAGGCUGCGAGCAGAGAAGAGAGUAGGCUGGGAGGGUUCCCUGCCCCGGACUUCUCGAUUUCUCCAAGGGACACACUGAGCCGACACUCACUUCUUUUCUUUUUCUGAAUUUGAACCACCGUUUCCGUCGUCUCGUAAUCGACACGCGAAGCCCGGGGCGAUGGACCCGUUUACCGAGAAACUGCUUGAACGAACCCGUGCCAGACGAGAGAAUCUUCAGAGAAAGAUGGCUGAGCGGCCCAUCCCAGCAGCACGGUCUGUGACUCAUACCAAGCGAGUCAGGGAGCCGCUUUCAGAAGCAAGUAACCAGCAACCCCUAUCUGGUGGUGAAGAGAAAUCUUGUCCAAAACCAUCACCAUCAAAAAAACGUUGUUCUGACAACACUGAAGUAGAAGUUUCUAACUUGGAAAAUGAAAAACCGGUUGAGUCAGCUUCUACAAAACCUUGUUCUCCGAGUCCUAUGUCCCCUCAGGCACAGCCACAGGCACCAGCUCCUGUUAGUGAUUCCACAGCUGCCCCGGCAGCGCUGCUGGGUGUGAGGAGAGGCCUGAACUCAGGAUCAGAGGCAACUGCAGCUUCUUCAGUCAAAGCGCGAAUGCAAAAGCUGGCCGAGCAACGGCGCCAUUGGGAUAACGAAGAUGUGACAGAUAAUAUACCUGAAAGCUCACCCAUGUCAACAGUGCCAUCAGAGGAAAAGGCUGCCUCCCCUCCCAAACCAGCCCUUUCAGAUGCUUCAGCAACUCCCGUUGGGAGAAGGGGCCGUCUGGCCAACCUUGCUGCAACUAUUUGCUCCUGGGAAGAUGAUGUAAAAAGCUCAUCUGCAAAGCAAAGCAGUGUACAAGAACAGCCUGGUACCACUUGUUUAUCCAAAUUUUCCUCUGCAAGUGGAGCAUCUGCUAGGAUCAAUAGCAGCAGUGUUGAGCAGGAAGCUACAUGCUGUUCCCAAAGGGAUGGCCAGGCCUCUUUGAAUAAAGCCCCAUCCUCGAGUGCUGUGGAUGCAUCUUUGAUUAAUGUUGUGACUUCCAGCUCUGUGAAAGCUACUUCUUCCCCAGUGAAAUCUUCUACUACAUCCAUCACCAGUGCUAAAAAUUGUGAGAUACAAAAUUCUGAACUUCUUCAAAAAACUCCUGUUAUUCCUCUGAAAACAGCGGUAUCGAAACCAGUUGAGAAGUCCACUGUACCCCGAACAGUUCAGCCCAAGGAAGAAUUAAAUAGAGACGUUUGUCUGCAGUCUCAAGCUAAGGACAAAUCUACAACACCAGGAGGAGCAGGAAUUAAGCCUUUCUUGGAACGCUUUGGAGAGCGUUGUCAAGAACACAUCAAAGGAAGUCCAGCUCGUAGCACACCCCAAAGAACCCCCAUUGUCACUCCAAAUACAAAGGCCAUACGAGAAAGAUUGUUCAGGCAAAACGCAUCUUCAUCUACUACCCAUUUAGCGCAACAACUCAAGCAGGAACGUGAAAAAGAACUAGCAUGUCUUCGUGGCCGUUCUGACAAGGGCAAUUUAUGGAGUGCAGAAAAAGGCGAAAACUCAAGAAGCAAACAGCUAGAAUUAAAUCCUAUAACCAAACAGGAACUUCACUCUCAGAACACUCCUCUCAAAAAACAUCAAGUUGGGGCAAAUACUCCAUCACUUCCAGUAACAGAAAAGGUGACAGAAAAUCAGAUACCAGCAAAACCCUCUAGUACAGAACCUACAGGUUUUACUGAAUGUGAAAUGACGAAGUCUAGCCCUUUGAAAAUAACAUUGUUUUUAGAAGAGGACAAGUCCUUAAAAGUAACAUCAGACCCAAAGAUUGAACAGCAGACUGAAGUGGUACGUGAAAUUGAGAUGAGCGUGGAUGAUGACGAUGAUAUCAACAGUUCAAAAGUAAUUAAUGACAUCUUCAGUGAUGUCCUAGAGGAAGGUGAACUAGAUGUGGAAAAGAUCCAAGAGGAGAUAGAUGAAGCAGACGCAGAAAGCAGCGAAGAACAGGAGGAUGCGCUGAAUAUCUCCUCAAUGUCUUUACUUACUCCAUUAGCACAGACAGUUGGUGUGGUAAGUCCAGAGAAUUUAGUUUCUUCGCCUAGGUUGGAAUUAAAAGACACCAGCAUAAGUGAUGAAAGUCCAAAGCCAGGAAAAUUCCGGAGACCCCGUGUCCCUCGAGCUGAGUCUGGUGAUAGCCUUGGUUCUGAAGAUCGUGAUCUUCCUUAUAGCAUUGAUGCAUAUAGAUCUCAAAGAGUCAAAGAAACAGACCGUCCUUCAAUAAAGCAGGUGAUUGUUCGGAAGGAAGAUGUUUCUUCAAAACUGGAUGAAAAAGAGAAUGGCUUUCCUUGUCAGGUUAACAUCAAACAGAAAAUGCAGGAACUCAAUAAUGAAAUAAAUUUGCAGCAGACAGUGAUCUAUCAAGCUAGCCAGGCUCUUAACUGUUGUGUUGAUGAAGAGCAUGGAAAAGGGUCGCUAGAAGAAGCUGAAGCGGAAAGACUUCUUCUAAUUGCAACUGAGAAGAGAACACUUCUGAUUGAUGAGUUGAAUAAAUUGAAGAAUGAAGGGCCACAGAGGAAGGAUAAGGCUGGUCCCAUAUCCCGAAGUGAAUUUGUCCCUUCCAAGGGAUCAGUUACUUUGUCAGAAAUCCGCUUGCCUCUAAAAGCAGAUUUUGUCUGCAGUACAGUUCAGAAACCAGAUGCAGCAAAUUACUAUUUCUUAAUUAUACUAAAAGCAGGAGCUGAAAAUAUGGUAGCCACACCAUUAGCAAGUACUUCAAAUUCUCUUAACGGCGACGCUCUAACAUUCACUACUACAUUUACUCUGCAAGAUGUGUCCAAUGACUUUGAAAUAAAUAUUGAAGUUUACAGCUUGGUGCAGAAGAAAGAUCCCGCAGGCACUGAUAAGAAGAAAAAGGCAUACAAGUCAAAGGCUAUUACUCCUAAGCGACUCCUCACAUCUAUAACCACAAAAAGCACCCUUCAUUCUUCAGUUAUGGCCAGUCUUAAUGCCGUGCGGACCAGCAACUUUGCCCUUGUUGGAUCCUACAUGCUGUCAUUGUCUUCAAUAGGAAACACGAAAUUUGCUCUGGACAAGAUAAAUUAUGAUGUAAAAGAGCGAGAGCUACUGGGCUAUAUGUUCCAGGAAAAGGUGCCCUUUCUAUCUCCUUUGGAAGGUCAUAUUUAUUUAAAAAUAAAGUGUCAAGUGAAUUCAAGUGUCGAAGAAAGAGGUUUUCUAACCAUAUUUGAAGAUGUUAGUGGUUUUGGUGCCUGGCAUCGAAGAUGGUGUGUUCUUUCUGGAAACUGUAUUUCUUAUUGGACUUACCCAGAUGAUGAGAAACGAAAGAAUCCCAUAGGAAGAUUAAAUUUGGCCAAUUGUACCAGUCGUCAGAUAGAACCAGCCAACAGAGAAUUUUGUGCGAGACGCAACACUUUUGAAUUAAUUACUGUCCGACCACAAAGAGAAGAUGACCGAGAGACUCUGGUCAGCCAAUGCAGGGACACACUCUGUGUCACCAAGAACUGGCUGUCUGCAGAUACCAAAGAAGAGCGGGAUCUCUGGAUGCAAAAACUCAAUCAAGUUCUUGUUGAUAUUCGCCUCUGGCAACCUGAUGCUUGCUAUAAACCUAUUGGAAAGCCUUAAAGUGUGGGACACUUCCAUGUCACAUAGAGGUUUUCUGACCUGUGUCAUAAAUGUAUGUUAAGAGCAUCAAAUUUGCUGAUUGCAUUUUAUGCUUUAAAUGCGAAAGGGUAUGUGCCAAUAUUCAUUCACUACAUUUUAUGCAGUAUUUAUAUCUUUUGUAUGUAAAAUUUCACCUGAUUUCUCUUUUGUUAUUAUUCUUAAAUGAUUGGAAGAAAAAAUUUAUUGUAGUCAAUUUUGCUAAAUUUUAAUUUAAAAACCUCAUUUUCCUAGAAAUCUAAUUAUUCAGUUAUUCAUGAUAAAAAAAAAUUUUUUUUUUUAAAUAAGGAAUUUUGAGUUGUCUUCUUGGAGCUGUGGGUCUCAAAGUAGAAGAGUCUUCCAGGAUUGGAGACAGAAACCUCCAACUUGACCAUCCUUUCUCUGGCCUCGGUACUGUUUUCUAAGGUUGUGGUCACUUAUUGAUCAUGAUAUAUCUUGUUACUAGAGGACUGAAAAAAAAAUUCUAAGGGACAUCACAGAAGCAUUUUUAGUAAUGGAGGGAACAACUUUUUCAAAAUAGCAAAUAUAUAUUAGUUUAAAGCUUAAGGCUGCCUUCAGAUAAGAGAUGUGGACAUAUGGGAUAUUGUGUGAGAUUUGGGGUUGAAUAUUUUAUUUAGAAGACUUAAUAAUCACAUGGUUUACAUUUACUCAGUUAUUUUAGAUGCUGUGUGGUGCACAUUUUCAUGGAAUACAGGCUUUUAAAAAUAACUAUUUUUGCUAUAUAGCUUACAGACUCCUCAAAUAUACAUGGCAAGUUAGUUCUUUCUGCUCCUGUAACAAGAACAAAUAUAAACUGAAGAAUCGUUAUGUAAGAAAACUGAACUUUACCAAGCUGCUAUGGACUAAUACUUUGCUUGCCAAAGUUCUUGUCUUUUCUUUUUCCACAUCCACAUACAACAGUGUCUAGAAACCCAUUAAGAAAAUCACUUGAAAAGCUGUAAAGUCAUGUAUUACAUUUAAAAGCCUAAUACUUUUUUUUUAAUUAUAAAAUAUUGUAAAGCAUGGUCUCAACAUUAAGAACACUUCGAAUUUCUUCUCUGAAUUGUUAAAGUUAUUGAUGGUCUCAUUUAUAAACACUAAAUACUGUCACCUCCUGUCAUUUUAUUUUUCAUUCAAAUGUGUUUUUUCAUAUGUGUAUUACAGAAGUAUAUUUUAUGAUCUCUUACCUAAAUAAAUACUUGCAAAUGGCCUAAGGAA